AUGAAGGACAUCCGCACCACCCUCAAGAACCUCCUCGCAAACCUCAAAGCGAAGCUGAAGAUCGGAAGCAAGAAUAAGAAGCGCGGCGACCAGGUUAUGGCUGAGGCCGCAGGCGACCCGCACGCCAACUACACACCACAAGACAGACUGCGCGGCCUCCCGUACGAGGCUACUACCAGUGGCAAGCCUCCUUGCAUCGACGAAGAGCCAGAGCCAUCGCCCGCGACAUCAGUGGAAGAGCAGAGGAAGCUGAAGAAGGGUGCAGAUGCGCGCGUGCCAACAGAUCUCACGGGCGUAGCGGAGGAGCUGGAUAGGAAGCUGCAGUGA